CUUUUGCAUAUUAAAAAGUUAUCAAAACAAAAACUGAAGAAAAAAAAGAAACAAAAAAGCCGGGUUAGAAGGCGGAUAAAAGCCAUAACUGAUAGUCAAUUUCGCCGGAGAAACAAAUCGCCGGCCGAUCUUCAUCGGCAGUCCAAAUGAGUGAAUCCCAAAUCCAUCCUUCAUCUCCACCUGCUGUUGCUGAUGCUGCUGCUACUAGUCUUACCCCACCAAACGACCCCCCUCCUCGUCGUUUUGAUCCCAGCCGCACGAUUGGUAUUAUCAAACGGAAAGCGUUGAUUAAAGACUUGGCUGCUGUGUAUCAUGCCGAGUGUCUUGCUUAUUGUCAAGAGCUUUUAGAACUCCAAAGAAAAUGUGAAGAGAGCUACACUGAUGUAAAAGUUGCAGCAGACCCGAGGAAAGAAACAAUGAGGCCUCCCAAGCGACACAAAAAAUCACGCUAGGUGUGUCAACUUGUCCCCUUGCUUGUUACAUGUACAAAAGCCUAAACAUGUACACAUUCGUGUUAGGAGCUACCCUGAUUAUGGAUCUACGGCCACUUGCUUUAUUGUAUAUAUGACUAUCCUGCAAUCAACUUCUGUUAGGAGUGACUCUUUAGCGACUUUUUUAUCUGUUAUGUUGUGAUCUACUUGACUUAAAUUUCUAGUCCUGAUGUAGUGCCCCUAUUUGGAUAUAUUUUCAUUUGUAACAUGCGUAGUUGCUCACUAUUUUGAAUACAUCAGGAUGUUGAUAUGACUAAAAUCCUCAUAUUUUCCA